AUGGUGGUGGUGCUGUUGUUGGAGACUUAUUGUCUUGGCAAGAGAGCGCCGACGCGCUUCAAGGCACGCUGGGUUGCCAAGGGCUUCAGCCAACGACCGGGCAUCGACUUCGACCAGACCUACGCCCCAACACCAGCAGCCAAGACCAUCCUCACUGUGCUCGCCGUCUCCCUGCAACGACGGCACCAGCUGCACCAGCUCGACUUCAAGUCGGCUUACCUGCAGGCUGAUCUCAAGGAGGAGCUGUACAUGGAGCUGCCGCCGCACUUCACCGACAUCGGCGACGGCGCUCAACGCUACGCGGGCAAGGUGUGCCGGCUGCUCAAGCCGCUCUACGGCCUCAAGCAAGCUGGCCGUGCAUGGGCCAAGAAGCUGCUGUAG